AUGAGCCCAAACAUCUCAACACUAGGCAAGGCGGGAAUCGCCGUGAUUCGUAUCUCUGGCCCGGCAUGCUUAGACAUAUACAGAGCCCUUUGCCCGUCAAAGGCACUGCCAAAGCCUAGAUACGCCUCUGUACGAUCGUUACUCGAUCCCAAGCUUGCAGGACUCCAACGGGGCGUGCUUGACUCGGAAGCAGUAGUUCUCUUCUUUCCCUCACCCAAAACUGUAACCGGAGAAGACGUCCUAGAGUUGCACAUCCAUGGUGGCACAGCUACGAUCAAGGCGGUUCUAGCAGCUAUCCCGCAGUGUCCGUCUGAGCAUCGGAUCCGAUACGCCGAGCCUGGGGAGUUUACCAAGAGAGCAUUCCUGAAUGACCGCUUGGAUCUCGCGCGCGUCGAAUCUCUAGGUGACAUUCUCUCCGCAGAGACGGAGCAGCAGCGGCGCGCAGCAGUCAGGGGAAACUCGGGAGUGUUGGCUCGCACCUAUGAGGGCUGGAGGGAGGAGCUUCUUCUGGCUCGGGGAGAGAUCGAGGCGCUGAUUGACUUUUCAGAGGACCAGCAUUUCGACGAGUCACCAGCGGAUUUGCUAGACAACGUAGCGAGGAUAGUGGACGGCAUUCUCCGAGGCAUUCACCUGCACGAACAGGGUGGUCAGAGGAGUGAGCUGCUAAGGAGCGGUAUCCAGAUCGCGUUGCUUGGACCGCCAAAUGUUGGUAAAAGCUCGCUGAUGAAUUUGAUUGUCGGUCGUGAGGCUUCGAUUGUAUCUGGCGAGGCUGGUACCACACGAGACAUUGUAGAGGCCAGCCUCGACAUUCGAGGGUACCUGUGCUCCUUUGCAGACACGGCCGGGUUCAGGUCGAGCGAUGAUAUAGGACCGUCGGGUCCCGUCGGGGCGGUAGAGCUGGAGGGAAUCCGUAGGGCCAGGCAAAAGGCACAGCAGUCAGACAUCGUCGUUGCUCUGGCAUCGCUUGAGAGCGGGCCGUCUGGUCCAUUCAUCCUCUAUGACCAGGAAACGCUAGACAUUGCAGCGGCGGCCGAAGCCCAUCUCAUCGUGGUAAACAAGAGAGAUACGGUCAAACCAACGGAACUCCAAAGGAUACUGGCCGAAUUUCGCCAAAGAUUAGGCGAAAAGGUUCCCCAGCUGGGAUCAGCCCAAAUAGCCGCCAUCUCGUGCAAGGAGGCCAGCCUGAGCUCUGAGCUGGGCAAGGAUCCAGGAGGAAUCCACGCUCUGACAGAGACCUUGGUAGGCACCUUUUCGCAAAUGACAGAGAUGCCUGUCGAUUUGCAGGAUCUGCUGGGGGUGACGGCACGCCAGGCACAGCUCCUGGCCAGAUGCAGGGGCCAUCUGGAGGAGUUUCUGGCGGAAGCGCGGCCGGAGGAUGCGCAGUUUGAGGCGGAUACUGUGCUUGCGGCGGAGUUUUUGCGUUAUGCGGCGGAUUGCCUGGCGCGCAUCACGGGCAAGGGGGAGGCUGGCGAUGUGGAAGAUGUCCUGGGGGUGGUGUUUGAAAAGUUUUGCGUGGGUAAAUAA